AUGGCUCUUCCUCCUCCCUCCUCAAAUUCGAGUGCGUUCCUAGCUGUGCCACUAGAGAUUCGCCGACAGAUCUACCGAUACUGUAUUCCGCAAAAUCUUCGCAUCGAUAUUUCUAGUGGCAUUUGCUAUCGAAACCCCUCUGACAGGCUCGAUGAAAUAAAUGAGCGCCAUCACAAUGACUUGGAGAGUGGUGGCGUCUCUUCGAUCGAUAGUGAGAGUGUCGAAGAGGAAGAAUCUCAUCUGUUGACAGAUACUGACGAGGAGAUCAUAUAUAAGCCCUUUGUGGACAGUGUGGUCUAUAGUGAGAAUGGUGAAGAGGAUGAACAUAAAAUUUGGACUGAUACCGAUGAUGAAGAGAUCAUAUAUGAGCCCUCCGUGGAUGGUGGUUAUCGAAGUCCCUUCACUGGUCUCCUUCUCUGUUGCCGCCAAAUCACUGAGGAGGUGACGGACAUGCUAUACAAAGAGAAUACCUUUCAGGUCAAACUCCACGGUGACGGCCAAUUUAUUCUCGCUAAUUCAUUCAGUCCUAACGCAAGGGAGAAUAUACGCAAAUUGAUUCUCAUUUUACGGCCCAUGGGAGUUUCUUACGACCGCGAUUUUCGCAUGGACCCGAAUGUCUGGGACAAUAUUCUCGGUAAUAUUUCGAUUAUAGGGAUUGUUGCGGAGCAGCCUUCUCUGUUGGAAUGGCCUAAAGAAGAACUAGAGAGAGCCCUCGAGGAAUGGACUGCGUGGAUAACACCAAUCGUUGAGUACUUGGGCCAGUCUCUUAAUAGCGAGGCCAAGAUCGUGGUGGAUGCAAAUGAUGAAGAAAGGAUGGUGAAAGUACUGGAAAAAGCAAUGCCAGGGCGCUGUAUCUUUCAGAAAUUUCCCAUGGCCGACGUUAUAUUCAAAAGAGGGAGAUACUCGUUACAGUCAGGAUACUGGGAUGAUGUUGAUGAUGGUCCAACCAGCUGUAGGGACAUCAUCGAUGACUGCGACUACGACCUCUACUAUUCUGAUUAA